AUGCGUGCUGUCGGAAUCCAAGGAUCUAAAGGCCCGGCCACCUCUCUUUUUAUUGAGGAAGUCGCCACUCCUUCUCCGGGUGAAGAUGAAGUUCUUGUCCAGAUUAAAGCGUUCGGGCUGAAUCGCAUGGAUAUAUCUCAGCGUGAAGGACGAUAUCCAGUCCCACCCCACGCGGGCCCCAUUCUUGGCGUGGAGUUCUCGGGUGUCAUUGCGAGGAUUGGGGAAACAGCCGAUUCAGGUGGUUGGGCUAUUGGAGAUGAGGUUUUUGGCUUGGCAUACGGGGGAGCAUAUGCCGAAUAUAUCCGAGUUUCCAAAGACAUGAUCAUUGCUAAGCCACCUGGAUGGAGUUGGGAGCUCGCAGCGGCGAUUCCAGAGACCUGGAUGACGGCCACUCAAGCCAUUCAUCGUGUAGCGCACAUUCAGCCUGGCGACAAGGUUUUUUGGCAUGCAGGCGCCUCUUCUGUCUCUAUUGCCGGAAUUCAACUAUCGAUUGCCGCCGGGGAAUCGGCGGUGUAUACAACGGUCGGAACAGAAAAAAAGAAGGAAUUCACGAAGACCCUGGGUGCAAAACAAAGUUACAAUUAUCACACCGAGGACUGGUGCCGAGGAAUUAAAGAAGCAACAAAAGAAGCCGGGGCGAACAUCAUUGUUGACUUCAUUGGCAAAGACUACUUUACCUCAAAUAUUGAAGUGGCUGCCAAAGACGGUCAUAUUGUGUCCUUGGGCAUGUUGAGUGGAACCGAGCUCACGGAGCAACUGAACAUUGCUCCGAUUCUCCGCAAGAGACUCAACAUAUCCGGAAGUACUCUCCGUGGGCGGGAUCUCAAGUAUCAGGCUGGGCUCAUCAAGGAAAUGGCGGAGAAGGUUAUCCCUGGAAUAGAAGAUGGGAGAUUCAAUGUAACCAUCGAACGCGUGUUCUCCUGGAAGGAUGUGAUCAAAGCCCACCAGAUCAUGGAAAGCAACACGAGCAAGGGAAAGAUUGUCUGUUUGGUCGAUUAA